AUGGCUAUUGCAGAAGUUUUUCUGGGCGCGUUUUUAGCUGUGCUAUUCGAGAGAUUGGCCUCUCGCGAGCUGUUGAGCUUUGUUCGCAGCGCCCGAAUUCAUACCCAGGUGAUGACAUUGCUCAAAGUGUUGAGUACUAUUAAAGAGUUGCUCAACGAUGCAGAGACUAAGCAAAUAACUAACGAAACUGUGAAUCUGUGGCUGGAGGAUCUGAGGGAUCUGGCUUACGAUAUGGAUGAUCUUGUGGACGAGAUCGAGACAGAAGCUUUGGCCCAUAAAUUGAAGACGGAGACCGAACCAGCAGCUACCACAGGCAAGGUGAAGGUACUGAACUUCCUAUCUACUUCUUUGACUGAUUUCCGUAGAUCUAUUGAGCUAAAAUUCAAGUUCGGGUCCAAGAUUAAGCAGAUCACUCUCAGAUUACAAGAAAUGGCACAACUGAGAGAUGAUCUGGGUUUGACAGCUACUCCGGAAGCAGGGUCAAGCAAAAGCAGAGAGAGAUUGGAAACAACUUCCUUGGUGGUUGAAUCCCAUGUCUAUGGUCGGGAAAAGGAAAAAAAAGAAAUACUUGAAUUGCCUCCAUGGGAAGCUGUGGUUGAAUGGUCCGUAGAGCAUAAUCCAAAUGCAUUCAGGCCAAAGAUUGUCGGUAGUCCACAGUGCAAAUGCAUGGAUGUUGCAGACAGCUAA